GUGAACCCAAGAAUUACUCGUUGUCAAAUGUAUAAUAUAUGUUGAUUAUUCUUCCAAGGUUUAUGCUCCACCUAAGAAACAUAGUUUUGUUUUAUUAACUAUAUAUAUUUAACCUCUCCAAAUAAAAUAUUACUCUCUUCCUAUCAGGUUCUCUUCCACUUUCAUUGUCUUUGCUUCAUAAAUAAAGUCGAAGUAAUUGAUAGUUUGCCUUCCUUGAGGCAUGUCGUUGACUAAUUAUUUAGUUUAUAACUUUAAUUUAUAGAGCUGCGAUCUAUCAUUAAUAAUUUUAAUACACUUUAAUGAGCUUCGACAUCAUACCCUCUCUUUUUUUUCUUGUCAAAAUAUAUUUUAACCUUCUCCACUAACUAACAUGACAUAUUUUAGAGGAUUUUACAAUGACUUACAAGUAAUUUAUAUCUUUAGUAAAUUUUAUUUUUUUCAAAUUUUUCUAAAUAAUCAAAUCAAUCGGUCAAUCACUAAAAUUUUAAAGUUGCAUGCAGAUAUACAGCAUUAGUUGAGAACAACGCUAUCAAAGCAGAAAAAGACAUGGAAAAAGUCAUGUCCAUAUCCAAAUCAUCUCAAGUAGAAGAAGAUUUACCACAACUACCAUCGUCUUCCUCUUCUACUUCCUCCUCGUACAAACUCUUCUCUCGCCGUUUCUUCAGCCUCCACGGCCGUGACCUCUUCGCAGCCUCAGCCAAUUGGUUCCUAGUGGACGUUGUCUUCUACACAAGCAACCUCCUUCUCUCUCAAAUCCUCAAUGUAUCCAACAAACCUCACAAUGUCUACGACUCUGCCUUCGAAGUGGCUAAGGUCGCAGCCACCGUAGCCGUGUGCUCGACCAUCCCUGGUUAUUGGUUCACCGUUUAUUUCAUCGAUAGAGUCGGUCGAGUCAAGAUUCAGAUAAUGGGGUUCUUUCUUAUGGCCGUUGUUUACUUAGUCGCGGGCAUUCCAUACAGUUGGUAUCGGUCUGACCAUGGUUAUACUAGUAAUAAAGGCUUUGUUGUUCUCUACGGGUUGAUCUUCUUCUUUAGCAACUUUGGUCCCAACACGACGACGUUUAUAAUCCCAGCUGAGCUUUUUCCAGCUAGGUUUAGGUCCACGUGCCAUGGGAUUUCGGGAGCUGCCGGGAAGCUUGGAGCUAUAGUUGGAACUGUUGGUUUCUUGUGGGGCACGAAACGCGACGAAGAGCACAAAGACGUUUUCCCAGACGUGAAACGCGUGAGGAUCGCGUUUUUGAUACUUGGAGGCGUUUGUAUCGCUGGAGUGCUGGUGACGUAUUUCUGCACGCGUGAAACUAUGGGAAGAUCGUUAGAAGAGAACGAAGAGGACGAGAUUUGUGCCUACUCGUCAGCACCAGGAUCACCGUCUGCUAGUGAGUUACCUACAAUCACAACACAAGCAAUCGUCUUUUGA